UGAUAAAUAGAUGAGACUAGUGAGGACUCACCAGAAAAACAAAACACUAAAAAUUCAUUUCAAAAAUUAGGGUUUUGUCCAUUUCUCUCAAUCACCAACACCAACAAUGUCUUCUUCUGCUUCUGUGGUAGAGAAUUCACUUCAAGCAAUCUGCUAUGAACGAGGUUCACUUAAACUUCUUGAUCAGAGGAAGCUCCCCCUUGAAACUACAUACUUGAAUAUCCUUGAUUCUAAUGAUGGAUGGAAUGCAAUAAGGGAUAUGGUGGUUCGUGGGGCACCUGCAAUUGCUAUAGCUGCAGCUCUUUCUCUGGCUGUUGAAGCGUUCAACUUGCAACCUUAUGGAGGGGGGCAGGUUGAUGCAGCUUCUUUUCUUAUUGACAAAUUGGACUACCUUGUUUCCAGCCGUCCGACUGCUGUAAACCUGUCAGACGCUGCAACUAAGCUUAAAGAGGUUAUAUCAACAUCUGCUGCCAAGGCUACUGAAGGGAGUUUGGUUAUUCAGGAUUACAUUGAAGCUGCUGAAACCAUGCUCGAGGAUGAUGUUGCCUCAAACAAAGCAAUUGGUUCUUAUGGAGCAAGUCUUAUCCAAGCCAGGCUGACAGACUCGAAGAAGAUAUCCGUCUUAACCCACUGCAAUACUGGCAGUCUUGCAACUGCCGGUUAUGGAACUGCUCUGGGUGUCAUUCGUUCACUUUACGCUGAAGGAAUCUUAGAACAUGCAUAUUGCACUGAAACUCGGCCAUUUAACCAGGGGUCCAGGCUAACAGCUUUUGAAUUGGUACAUGAUAAAAUACCUGCCACACUAAUAGCAGAUUCUGCAGCAGCUGCAUUAAUGAAGGCCGGGCGGGUCCAAGCAGUUAUUGUUGGAGCUGACCGUGUUGCAGCAAAUGGUGACACUGCUAAUAAAAUUGGAACCUACAGCCUUGCUGUUAAUGCAAAGCACCAUAAGAUUCCAUUUUAUGUAGCUGCUCCUUUGACUUCUGUUGAUCUUUCCCUCUCUUCCGGGGACCAAAUUGUUAUUGAAGAAAGAUCUGCAAAUGAACUCUUGAAUACCAAAGGUGGGCUUGGCGAACAAAUUGCUGCAUCAGGGAUCUCAGUUUGGAAUCCAGCUUUUGAUGUUACCCCAGCCACCAUCAUAGAUUCUAUAAUUACAGAAAAGGGGGUCAUCAUGAAGAAUGGUAUGGAGACUGAAUUUGACAUAAAGCUUUUUGCACAGUGAGGUUCACCAUCGGCACACUCCUUAAAUGAAAUGCAGUUACACAUGAAAAUCCUUUAUUCAGUAAGAAGGGACUCGUGCUUUCACUGUAUAAAUUUUAAGUGUGGUAGUAGAAAUCACUGAAUGUUGUUGUUUCUUAUAGAGAAUAAGAACCCAGAAAAAAAAUGUUAGGCUAAUUGGUUCAAGAGUAAAAUGUUGUGUAAACUUUGAAUUCGACAUCAUGAAUGAACUGGAUUCAAAGAGAGGAAUUCCAAUAGAAAAAUUAAUCUUUCAAAUU